GGCGUGUCAAAAAGUAAAAACCUUGCGACUGUGCAUGCAUUGUGCAAUUUCUUGAUAAUAAAUCACUUCAAAACAAGAGAAACGACAACAAAUAUCGCCCGGAGUAGUUUUUGCCGCCCAAAAUGGGUUUACCAUACAACGCGAUACCGGAGGAUACGCUGCCACAGUGUUGGUCCGACGAUGUUCGUAUGAACGCCCUUUUCGCACCUUUUCGGAUAAAAUCAGCGAACCCAGAGUCAUGGGAUAUGAAGAUGAAGUUCUGGUCUGACAUGCUGAGGCAGUGGUGCAAGUAUAAAAGGGACCCUAUAGUGUCUGCGAGCGACGCUAAAUUCGCGUUUCAACGAAAAGGUCGCACGCCCGCUUGCAUCGAUAUUGUCGUCGAGGAGUUGUUUCGCAACGGUGAACUAUCCCCAAUAUCGAAGUAUCAGCAGAUACUCCACAACCCUGCUGAGGGCUGGGUACGUUGGACGGCCCGCCUGGCUUUCAAGCCGGCCGCACUAGCUCUCACUGCUGUGACGUCAUUGCUGCCUGCCACACAAAGUCUUGAUAGCGACGGGCUGCCUAAAGCCAGCAUUGAUUCUACGAGUAGAUUUGUGCUUGAGAGCGCUGUGCAGGAACAAGCAACACAAAUGCUAGAGAACUACCCACUGGGCGUGGAGCGUGUCGGCACCAUUGAGGAGUUGAUGAGGAAUUGCAACUGGCAGCAAAGUAGGGAGACCUUCGAAAUACUGGUCGGCUGGUUGGUAGCCACCGGAGCUGCCACCAAGAAGGGCGAUGUUGUUAAACUUGCGGAACCAAACAAGAAAGUGUCGCCGGUAACGGAGACAGACGAGGCUUUGGUGAAGCUGGUGUCAGCCGAGUCGAGGCUGUGCGGCGACGCGGCGCGGCUGUCGCGAGAGGUCGCCAGCUGCGAGGCGGAGGCCAGGGCCGCCCUCACACUCGGGAACAGGAUUGCGGCGAAGAACCAUCUCCGCCGGAAACACAGGGCGCAACAGAAGUUGGAACAGUGCGAGGGCGCGCUCGAGAACGUGCAGCAGCUGCUGCAUCAGAUACGAGACGUGGACACCAACGCUGCCAUCGUCAACACUUACAAGACGACAUCAGAAGCCAUGAAGCGGGGUAUGAAGGAAGGUGGUCUCGACGAAGAUGCUGUCCACGACACCAUGGAUGACCUUAACGAUGUAAUGGAGUCCUACAAAGAAGUGGAGAGGGCACUCAGCACGACCACAGAUGACCUGGACGCGGCGGAGCUGGAGGCCGAGCUGAGGGAACUGAUGUCACCCGGAGCCCCAGGAGGAGGGGGGGCGCCGGCUAAGGAGACCACGCCACGGAAGGCCCAAGAACCGUCGCCACUCCUGCCGACGCCGCCGAAGCAUCAACCCCGCAAGGUGUCGGAGCGUGAUGACUUCGUGUUCGACGGGGAAGCACGCGUGAUAGCGGAACUGAACGAGCUCAGUGUGGGGGACGCGCAGGGCGGCUCGGGGGGCAGGGGGCUCGAUAAGCGGGGGAGGAAGAAGAUAGCCGUCACCGAACAAUGGGUUGAUGCAGAAAAACCUGAGCCGAAGACUCCGAAACCAUCGAAGUCGUGGUACCCUCCUACGAAGGAGUGUCUGCAACCAGAGACUUGGAACAACAAUGACUUCGGAGAACUCAGGCAGGACGAGCGGUUACACCCCGGCCAACCGCUGAACGUGGACUUCACGACGCCGCCGCGGCUCUACAGCAGCGAUUUCCAGGUGCGCGACCACAAGCCCUGCGCCGGCGUGUGGCUUUACAGCACCCGCGACAACAACAGCAACGUCGACGACCUCGCCGCCAGCACAGAGUACUUCAGCUCGGAGAGCCCGGGCAAGUCAGGCGGCAGCUUCCAGAUGGCGCCCGGCGGCGAGCGCAAGGCGUCCGCCGCGUGGAACGCCGACGGAGACGCGCCCGUCGACGACCUGGAGCGGCGCCUGCGCAACCUGCGCGGAUUCAACUUAUAAUACCCGCACGGGUAACAUAGGUUAUGCUAAGUACGUAGGAAACUAGGUUAGGUUCAAAAUUGGUCCUUAUUCCGGCGACACAAAGAUUAUCUUAGUUUGUUAGUUGUAAACUAGAGCUGUCUUUCACUUAUAAGUGAUAUUAAGUGGCGGAUUGAGACUUUCCGAGGUCUUCUGUUGCUUGAAUUUGGAAGAUAGGAAUCCUUACUAAUGUUAUAAAUGUGAAAGUGUGUUUGUUAUUUCUCGUCUGUUGAACAAAUUUGUUAUAGUUCGGUUUGAGUAUACAACCUGGGUAUCUACCCAGGUUCUAUCUAGAAAACAAAGAUCUUUGUAAAAGUAUAUUAUGAACCUUAUGAUGAUAAGGGAUCAGCCUUUCGCCCAUAACAUAGUUCAUCAUGUUAGAGGACACAAUCCCUGUGUUGGAUUUUGUUGGCCGCCAAAGAAAAAAAAAUAUAAAUGCGCAACAGGCGCCUUACUGUCACAAUAUGUGAAAGACAGAUAGAGCUAGUUUUCGAACACAAACUAAGUUAGGGGCCGUCCAUUAAUCAUGUGAUGUUUUUUUUGGCAUUUUAAACCCCCCCCCCACCCCCUUGGUGAUACAUGGUGAGGUUCAAGACUACCCCCCACCCUAUCCGAUAUCACGCGUGUAUUUUUUAGUACCUACCAAAAUAAUUGCACGAAACGCCGCUUUUCGGUUCAGUAUCGCGCGUUUGCCGAAAAAUAAAUACAUAAACAGCCUAUAUACGUCCCACUGCUGGGCACAGGCCUCCCCUCAAUCAACCGGAGGGGAUAUGGAGCAUACUGCACCACGCUGCUCCAAUGCGGGUUGGUGGAGGUGUUUUUACGGCUAAUAGCCGGGACCAACGGCUUAACGUGCCCUCCGAAGCACGGAAUCAUCUUACUUUUUCGCACAAUCAGGUGAUUCAAGCCUGAAAAGUCCUUACCAAACAAAGGACAGUCUCACAAAGUGAUUUCGACAAUGUCCCCAUCGGGAAUCGAACCCGGACCUCCAGAUCGUGAGCCUAACGCUCUAACCACUAGACCACGGAGGCUGUCAAUGUCGAAAAAUAAAUACUCGUGAUAUAUUACUACACCCCCCCUCCCCCUUAUGAUAUUUCGUGAUUUUUUUGAUGGACUCUUCCCCCCCUCUCGAGCCUCGCAUGAUUAAUGGACGGCCCCUUAGAAUUAUGUCGGCCGGAAUAGGCGCCAUUAUGUGAUAUUGCCGGACAUAGAUGGCGGAGAUGCUGAUAAUGUUCUAUCUUAAGACGCACAGGAUUGCGAGAGAGGAUAUCGUCACUACAUACAUACGUGCACGCCCGUAGUUCCUAAUAGAGUGGGCAGAGUAACAAGUAAUCAGAUACAAUGUUUUAAGUUUACGCGGUAAUUAUCAUAAUUAAAACACAAGCGGCAAAGAAAGAGGGUAGACAGAUAUGUUUGCCUGUAGAAAAUUAUGGAUCUAACUACUCCACUCCAAUCUCAUCAGUCAUCCCGUGAUCAUGGCACUUGCAACAGUGUCGAAACACCGGGAGUCUGAUAUCCCUGCUUUAAACGCGGUAAGAUCCCGUUAUUAUGUGUUUUAAUUAAUCAGAUACAACUUAUACGAUGAAUCUAAAAACACAUCACAAGUUUUAUCUUAUACUACGUAUAGGACAGUAACAAUUCGCCCCACACCAAUUCGUAAGCGCCGACCUCACCCCCUCUGGGUCUUACUUUAGUCUUAAAUGGUUGGAACCAACAGCCUCCGUGGUGUGGUGGUUAACAGCCUCCGUGGUCUAGUGGUUAGAGCGUUAGGCUCACGAUCUGGAGGUCCGGGUUCGAUCCACUGGACCGCGGAGGUCGUGGACAGGGAGUUGCGAACUAGUUCAUGCAACCCUAUUGGUAAACAGGCAGCCUGCGAAUGGGAGUUUUGUAACGAUUUUUGUUUUGGGUGUCAUAAGAUGUAAUAUUAUUGCAUCUUCACCACAUGUUAUGAAGUUUAAGUUUUGAUAAUGUGAUUCAUAAUGUAAAUAUAGUUAAGUAGUGUAAUGUCCCACUAGUGGGCUUGGACUUCCCACUAUUAAUCUGAAUGGGAUUGUAACUCUAAUUAUAAUGUAUUAACAAGCGUGCAGGGGAGUUAAAAGGGCCAUAUUGAAGCAAUGAGCAUGAAAACUAGAGGCUCAAAUGUAGGCGACAGCACUGUUGAGUGUUCCUAGAUUUUGACAGUUCUCCAUACUGGCCACCUAAAAUUAAUAAUAAUAAUAAUAAAAAAGUUAAUUUAAGUAAAACCUUCGACACACAUAUGUACAUUUAAAAAAGUCAUAAAUCAUAAAUUCGUGAUAAAUUGCUAUAAAUUGUGGCGCCUACUGAAGGAUGAGUUACGAAAAACCUACGAAAUACCUACAUCUUUGCGAUAAUAUUUGUUUAUGUACACUAUUUCUAUUAAAGUAAUCUGGUAUUAUUAUUAUAAUGUAUGUACACCAUUAACACAUGUUUAUGGAAAAUGAUGUUCGUGCGUCACAAGGUCCACAUAAUACAGCGUCGUGGUUCACGCCGCGACUUGUGCUGAGUGAGGCCCUUUUAUCUCAGGACGUCCACCACCACCUUAUGAUCAUUUCGACAAACAUCCGUCUUGCUUUUUUUGUAAUUGUUUUAGUGGAAAUUUGAUUUGAUGUUGUUGUCUUUUUUUUUCUUUUUUGUGUAUGGCGUCCUUUUGUAAUAAACUAUUUCUAUUCUAUUCUAUUUAAAAAUAAAAGCAGCCAGUUGGAAAAAGACAGUAUUGAUUGGAAUUUUAGAAUAGAAUAGAAAUAGUUUAUUACAAAAGGGCGCCACACAAAAACAAGACAAAUCAUAUCAAAAUUUCACAAAACAAUUACGAAAAAGCAAGACGGAUGUUCGUCGAAAUGAUCAUAAGGUGGUUUAUCAAGUUCUCUUUCCGAUGUUUAGGGAAUAAAUAUAACAGUACGAUUUUGCUGUUAAACGCCGCACAAAAGGUUGUAGUGUAAAAAUAUAACCAAAACAUUGGUGCUAAUUCCUGUAAAUACCAUCUAAUUUUAUUUUAGGUUAUAUCUGUCAUUUUCUUAUCCGCCGAAAAGGAAAGGGACGGGUAAUCGACAAGCAUAAAAUUUAUGGAACACACGUCAAUUUUAAGCACAAAUCUAAAACAACCGUCUAAAAAAUCGCCCGGGUUAUUCAUUUAUUUACGCAUUCUUCCUAAAAUUAAGAGCUGUCAAUCAUCCGUCCCUUUCCUUUUCGGCGGAUAAGAAAAUGACAGGUAUAACUUAAAGUAAAAUUAAGAGAUGUCUGCAGGAAUCGGGGCCAAUAUGUUUAUUUACUCAAAUAGUAUGGGGAACUGACAAAAUUUAAGAAAACUCAACAGUGGCGACACCUAAUGGGAGAAAUAGGCAGUUUUUAUCCUCAUUCACCUGAAGAGCAAAAUUGCUUUUUAGAUUAAUUGCUUCAAUUUGGCCUGUCGACUUCGGGACACUAGGUUCGUAGACGUGAAAGAUUCGGGUCGGCGAAUCAUUUCGCUUAUACAUACUAGUCGAAAGACUAUCGUGAAUAGGCAUUUGCUAGGUAAGCGUGUCCCACCUUAUCUACUAAUAUUUCUAGGAUAAUUAUGUACAUAAAUAAUUUGAAAAAGCUCGUGGUGGUGUAUGUCUAUAAUAAAUAACAUAUAAAUUAUACCGUCGCAAAAGUAUAGAACUGAAAAUAAUUUAGAAAAAAAUUACUCAAAUUUUCAUGACUUUUCCGACAGGAAAUUCCACUUGAUAUCGACUCAGAAUCAUGGUCUGAAUCAUCCUCUUUACUUACACCCCAUACAAGUACAGUCAUGAGCAAUAUAAUGUACCAACUUUAGGACUCUGUCGCACUAACAUAUUUGACAUUUAGAGAGACUUACAGUUCAAUUUGUCAAAAAAGUUAAUGUGACAUGGUACCAAAGUGUAUACAUAUUAAUGCUCGUGACCGUACAAGUAUGUAUGGGUGUAAGUGACAUCGUAUCAAAUACUGAGAGGGGAAACUCACGCUUAUUUCCCACCGGGGUAAGCAGAGACUAUGGAAUUCUAUUCGCUUCGAUCCUCAAAAUUCAAAAAAUUCAAAAAUAUUUAUUUUUCAAAAUUGGCUUACAAAGUUAGCGCUUUUUGAACGUCAAAAAAUUAAAUUACAUAUUAUGUAACUAGCUGUAAAACUACUACCACAACGGAAUCUAUAACGCUGAGGGAAAGACGUGGCCAGAAAACCUCCCAGCACAGGGACCUAGUCCUACUGUUUCAUGUUUUCCUUUCUUUUCUUCUUUUUUAAAUCCAGUUUGUAUUACAUAAUUUAUAGACUUAAAUACAAUGGUAUUCCAAUUACAGUCGGUGGAAGGAAAGUGAAAAAUAAAGAGUUAUAAAUAAAGUAAAAUAAAGUAAAGUCCUGACACACUUCUCUUGCUUCCUCCACAUUCAUCAAUCGUUUCAUACACGCACGGUUCAGAGCAGAUCGUACUGAACCUUUUCUAAGGACAUCUCCAAUUUGGUCAAUGUAAAGAAGAAUCACGAGUUAAUUCAAACUAGUCGUUUUUAUAUGAAUUUGUAGUUUUGUCUUUAACUGUAUUAGUUGAAGAUCUAUAAUGGUUUCAAACGGGUAGUUUCCUAGGUCAAAGAUAAAUUAUGAAAUUCUGAUUUUACUAAAUAAAGACAGAUCUAAGGUGACAAAAAACGUUUUCUAUUUUCUAUUUAAUAUAUUUAUGAAUUUUAAUAAAGAAAAAUUUAAUAAGUCAGACAUUUGGUCACGUUUUUCUAUGACGUCACAGUGUGCAUUUUCAUACAAAUUCCAUAGUAAUUUCGUGUUUUGAUGUUUAGUAAAAAGUAUGAAUUUUAAUAAAGAAAACUGUGUAAGUGCGAUAUUUUGUCAGAAAGAAAGAAAGAAAGUAUUUAUUAUUAGAGGACGCCACAGUAACAAUACAAACACAGUAGGGGGAAAAAAACUUACACAAAAUCACAAUUAUUAACAAAAUCGUAAAAGGAACUAGCAUAAGUUAAAUAAUUUUUAUUUUAUUGUUAUGUAUUGCUUCAUUAUUAUUAAUUCAAUUGUUUUGUUAUUAUUUUGUGUAUCCUUCCUUCCUUCCUUCUUGUUGUUGUUCAAUUUAUCAUUAUAAUAUUGUAAAUUUGUUUUAGGCCCAUAAGAAUCUUGUUUGUAACGCAAUGGUUUAUACUGUAAUGUUGCAAAUGUCUAUAUAAAUAAAUAAACUAAUUGGAAAGUAGCCUAUUCGGGCGGACUUAAACCUAAUCUAAUUUUCAACUCUUAACCUAGUGCCGUCCUUCACUCGCGCGUUUUAGCCUGUCAAAUUAGGUAGGCGGUUGCCCGUAUCGCCACAGUAGGCUAGAUUCCAACUAGUCAAAUCAAUUACUUUUUAAUCUGAAGAAAAAAACUGAAAUCAUUUGUUAUAACAUCUAGUGACGAUUUGUUGUACCAUAUCAUAAACGAAUUACUAGAGCGACAUCUACCGGAAUUAGGACUAAUAUUAAUAAACGUCAAAACACGAAAUUACUAUGGAAUUUGUAUGAAAAAGCACACUGUGACGUCAUAGAGAAACGUGACAAAAUGCCGCACUUAUUAUUACAUUUUUCUUUAUUAAAAUUCAUACAUAAGUUAAAUAGAAAAAAAGAAAAUGUUUUUCGUUAGUUUUAGAUCUGUCUUUGUGUAGUAAUCAGAAUUUCAUAAUUUAUCUUGAACCUAGUUAGUACACGACCCAAUUGGCAUCCGUAUUGUCAACCGGAAUCGCGGGUCAGAGCAACUUAAAAUGUAUUACAUGACCCAAUCCAUCGGGCCCGAUGCGCCAAGAACGCACGAUCUGACUCGCGCAUGCGCCCGCUACAGACAGCGGACGGCACCAGUAAGUCAUUAUGGACCUAGUUUUAAUGUUUAUUUUUUUUAUGAAUAUUUUAUAGUUUAAAAAAAUGUAUGGAAAUUGUAAAUAAAUGUAUUAUAAAAUAAUUGUACGGGUUAGGUAGGUAGAUAAUGAAUUUUAUACAAAUUGCGUUCUAAAUAUUCGGAUAUUGUUUCUUUGUGCCAACGAAAUUUUAUGAGACAUGACAAAUAUAAUCCAACGAUAUUUCCCUGAUAAGUUAAAAAUAUGUAUGGUCAAGCCUUUAGACAUUGUCUUCAGCAUUCGCGACAUGGCUCGCACGGCGCGACAUAUACCGCGAGGUUCGACAAAUAUAGCGGUGUCAAUAAAAUGUAGUAAUGUACGGUCAUGAGCCGUUGAACCCUGUCGCACUCACAUAUUUGACAUUUAAUGAGACUUAUGGUUUAAAUUAACAAAAAAGUUAGUGUGACAUGGUUUCAAAGUCUAUACAUAUUAGUACUCAUUACUUAUUAAAAAUAAUUGGUCUGUACGCCCUUUCAGAAGUUAGUUAUUACAAAAAAUAGUAUAAAAAGUAAAAGAAAAAAAUAAAAUAGUUUUUUUUUAUUGGCGAAAUAAAUAAUAUUCGAAUAAUUAGAGCGUACUACGCUAGAUCAUUAGAUAGACAACUAAAAAAAAAAUUGAAGAAAAAAAUCCUAAAAAAAAGUUGUGUAUCAUAACUUAGGUUGUUUUACGGGCAAUAAUUAUAGGUAAAUAAUAUAUAAAACUUCAUUCAAAAAAGUAUGUUUUCCCGAACAACAGAUUUCUAUUUAUCUUUAUUUUUUACAACGUCAUAGAAUAAAGAAUAACUGUAGUGUUAUUCCCCCCCUCACCCCAUCUUACUUUAGUCUUAAAUGGCUGCAAGCCGCCGUGGCAGACCCAACUAGUUGGCCAGCUAGUUCCGCCCACAUGCAACAGAUGGCGCCACAUUCAAUAAUGCAGUCUUCAAGCAGGCGUGAAACGCGCUAUCGAAGUUUACACAGCAAGACGUAUAAUUAUAUAAACUUCCAACAUAACACCGUAGUUCUGUUCCUAUGCCCUGCUCGGUAUCCCGAAAAACAUCCUUUGGCGGCAGCACAUCCUAGCCGCCAAACCGCUAAUGAAUAAAGGGGAGAGCGUGUAGUGUGUCUCGCUCGCACUUACGGGUUAAGCGGCACGGUAAGAAUCAGAUUGAUUUGAUUUGAAGAUACUUUUGUCUAAGUGUGUCCUGUGUGUAAUUCUGUUCUCGGCCAUUCUCUCUCGACCUCUUUAUCAUAAAAAAUAAUGUACUUUUUUGAAUGAAGCCCCAUCUCGCUUGUACCUCGAGUUGUGUGUGACUUUAUUUCGAUGUUAUAUUUACGUAUGUUUUGUAUAUAACAGGUUGUGUUAAUUCUAUCUGUGAAUAUGUAUGGCAUUCGCUGUCAUUCUGCCUUGUACAUUGUUGAAUAACGGGGGUUAAAAAGGCCACAUCGAAGAAAUUCAUCUGAAAAAGCAAUAUUGCUAUUUGACAUUCGCCCAUAUAAGCAAAUGUCAUCAUCAUCAAUUUAAGAGCCACGCUCUUGUCGGUGUAGCAUUUUCCAUUACAGUCUAUCAAAGGCCAAUUUCUUGAGAAGAGCUUACAUGGAACAGAGCAAUAUUGCUUUUUUGAGGAAUUGCUUCGAUGUGGCCUUUUUAACUCCCCAGAUCUUCUUUCGUGUGGGUAGUGAGAACAAUUCUUAACCUAAUUCUCUAUGUAUGAUAAAAACUGGAAGCUCAAAUGUACUAGGGCUACAUUGAAGCAAUUCAUCUAAAAAAUGCUUUUGACACUUCGUCGCUGAUGUCGCGAAUUCAGCAUUUUUUGGCGAAACUGAUUUGCACCUCGUAUGUCAAUAAGACACAAGUCAUUUUAGCAAAAAAAUACAGGUACGUCAGUUAGUAAAUUCAGCCACGAUUUGUUGGUAUUGCGCCCUUUAAUUUUAACCGCCAAUGUCAAAUUGCAAUAUUGCUUUUUAGAUGAAUUGCUUUGAUGUGGCCUUUUUAGCCCCCCAGACUGCAAUGUCCUAAACCACAAACCGUUGACGUUGUUAGGUCGGUCACUGACCUCACAGCUCACACGAGAGAACAAUAUAUUUCUGUCCUGUUGUCAAAUAAACUUAGAGGUUGACAAGGAUCUUGUGGCGCAAAACAGGAGGGCGCUGCCGCGCACCAUCUUGAUUGGUCUUUCUUCAAAUAUCUACGUAAAUAACGAAAUAUAUUCUAACUGGGUAUUUGCAAAAAGACAAAAGAUUUUUGUGUUUACGGUAAUGAAUUGACUCUUGGGGGGUUGAAAAUGCCACAUCCAAGCAAUUCGCCUAAAAACAGCAAUAUUGCUGUUUGACAUUUGCCUAUGUAAAAGUAAGUUUCUGUGCCCUAGCAGGGCGUCGCUAUGUAUCUACCAUAUCCUGUAUACUCUCUCUCUAUUUAAGAGCUGCGCUCUUGUCGGUGGAGUAACUGCCAUUCCUCUCUUCUUCCCGCCAAAACCUUCACCUCCCGAUACGACACGACCUGCACCUUCUCUUUUAUUUGUUUCAUAAAUGUUAUCCUAGGUCUACCCCUUCCUCUCUUCCCUUCAAUUUUGCCUGUAUACUAUUACAUAGAUUGUUUUAAAUAGAUGUAAAACUGUGAUUUGCAGUAAAUGAUUAUGAUUAAGUGCGCAAUGCAAACAAAUGUCAAAUAGCAAUAUUGCUAUCUUAGAUGAAUUGCUUCGAUGUAACCAUUUUAACACCCUGGUGUUCGAAGAAUCGCUCCAGUCCGCUGCCAUAAGAUGUUUGUCAUUAUUAUUUUUUAAAACUUCCACAUCUGUGUUGUGCCAAAAUGUUAUUUUUAAGAUAUUAUGUAAUCGUUUGUUAACUUUAAAAUUUGAAAAUAGACAAAAAAUAUUACGGAAUAAACUUAAAAGGAAUUUAUUUUUCAUAAAUAAAUAAUUUCAAAACGCGGCAUUCGUUGCCCCAACACCA